UCGAUGACCAUUUUCUCUGUCCUCUACUUUAUAUGGACUACUAAAAUUACUUCAUUUUCGUUAUCCCUUGCACGCCAAGCCCAUUUAUCUUCGUUCCCUUUUUAUGUGAAGCCAGCCCCAAUCUUGUUUGUGAAAAGAAAGAAGAAGAAAGUUUGUGUAAGUUUGGUGGAAGUGAAAGGUUAGGACACAGAGAAUUUGCUCUGUAUGUCAGUGGAAUACUACAGUGCUAAAUACUGCGGUGGAUACGGUGAACUUGCUAAUCCUUUACAAUGGCCACAACUCAGGAAAAGACGACGCCUCAUAGUUUCAUUGAUACCACCACAAGCAUCGACCAUAAAUCUACUGAAAUCGUUCAUGAUUGGAAAGUUUCAGGAUCCGAUCCAUUAAGGGAUCGGGUCCGAGAACGAGAGUCUCUGGCGACCAUGAUUCGACCUGUUGAAUCUCUCCCUGAUCCUCCUCCGACUAACACUAAUUCCUCAACCAAAGGUAUUUUAACCAUGGUGAGAGCUCAAACCAGCCAUCCUUUGGAUCCCUUAUCCGCUGCCGAGAUCUCUGUGGCAGUUGCAACUGUUAGGGCUGCUGGACCAACCCCUGAGGUGAGAGAUAGCAUGCGUUUUGUGGAAGUGGUUCUCAUGGAGCCAGAUAAACAUGUUGUUGCAUUGGCAGAUGCAUACUUCUUCCCCCCUUUCCAGCCAUCAUUACUUCCCAGAACAAAAGGUGGGCCUGUGAUUCCUACUAAACUUCCUCCAAGGCGUGCAAGACUUGUUGUUUACAACAAAAGCUCAAACGAGACAAGCAUAUGGAUCGUUGAGCUAUCACAAGUUCAUGCUACCACUAGAGGCGGGCACCAUAGGGGCAAGGCCGUUUCAUCAAAAGUUGUUCCAAAUGUCCAACCUCCAAUGGAUGCUGAGGAAUAUGCUGAAUGUGAAGCCGUUGUCAAGGGCUUUCCUCCAUUUCGGGAGGCAAUGAAGAGGAGGGGUAUUGAGGACAUGGAUCUUGUUAUGGUGGAUCCCUGGUGUGCAGGAUAUCACAGUGAAGCCGAUGCUCCUAGUCGCAGACUUGCUAAACCACUCAUUUUCUGCAGAACUGAGAGUGACUGUCCCAUGGAAAAUGGUUAUGCUCGUCCAGUUGAUGGAAUUCAUGUACUUGUUGAUAUGCAAAAUAUGGUGGUAAUUGAGUUUGAAGACCGUAAACUUGUUCCUCUACCACCAGCUGAUCCAUUAAGAAACUAUACUGCUGGUGAAACACGUGGAGGUGUUGAUCGAAGUGAUGUGAAACCCCUUCAGAUUAUUCAGCCUGAAGGUCCAAGCUUUCGUGUUAAUGGACAUUAUGUUGAAUGGCAGAAGUGGAACUUUCGUAUUGGUUUUACUCCUAGGGAGGGUUUAGUGAUCCAUUCUGUCGCAUAUGUGGACGGUAGUCGAGGUCGGAGGCCCGUUGCCCACAGAUUAAGUUUUGUUGAGAUGGUGGUCCCUUAUGGAGAUCCAAAUGAUCCACAUUACAGAAAAAAUGCAUUUGAUGCAGGGGAAGAUGGGCUGGGUAGAAAUGCACAUUCUCUUAAGAAGGGGUGCGAUUGUUUGGGUUACAUCAAGUACUUUGAUGCACACUUUACAAAUUUCACUGGAGGUGUUGAAACAAUUGAAAAUUGUGUAUGUUUGCAUGAAGAGGACCAUGGUAUCUUAUGGAAGCAUCAAGACUGGAGAACAGGUUUAGCAGAAGUUCGCAGGUCUAGAAGGCUAACAGUGUCAUUUAUAUGUACUGUGGCAAACUAUGAGUAUGGGUUUUUCUGGCAUUUUUAUCAGGAUGGGAAAGUUGAAGCUGAGGUUAAACUUACUGGAAUUCUCAGCUUAGGGGCACUUCAACCUGGGGAAGUAAGGAAAUAUGGCACAACUAUUGCACCCGGGUUAUAUGCCCCUGUUCAUCAACAUUUUUUUGUGGCCCGCAUGGAUAUGGCAGUUGAUUGUAAGCCUGGGGAAGCAUUUAAUCAGGUUGUUGAGGUGAAUGUUAAAGUUGAAGAAGCAGGAAAGAAUAAUGUUCAUAAUAAUGCAUUCUACGCCGAAGAGGAACUACUAAGAUCAGAAUUGCAAGCUAUGCGUGAUUGUAAUCCUUUAACUGCUCGCCACUGGAUUAUAAGAAACACAAGAAAUGUCAACCGAACUGGGCAGUUAACUGGAUAUAAACUAGUACCUGGUUCAAACUGUUUACCAUUAGCUGGUUCUGAGGCCAAAUUUCUGAGAAGAGCAGCUUUCUUGAAGCAUAAUCUUUGGGUCACUCCUUAUGCACAUGAUGAAAUGUAUCCUGGGGGAGAGUUUCCUAAUCAAAAUCCACGAGUUGGGGAAGGAUUGGCUACUUGGGUUAAGCAAAAUCGAUCACUGGAAGAAACUGAUAUAGUUCUAUGGUAUGUAUUUGGAGUGACUCACAUUCCUCGACUGGAGGACUGGCCUGUAAUGCCAGUGGAUCGCAUUGGUUUUAUGCUCAUGCCACAUGGGUUCUUCAAUUGCUCACCUGCAGUAGAUGUUCCUCCCAGUGCUAGCGAUUUGGAUAUCAAAGACAGCAAUGGAAUAAGUGAGAAGCCUAUCCAGAAUGCUCUGCUCGCCAAGCUCUGACUGGAUAAUUCUUAAGUGGGGUUAUGAUCAUAUGCCCCUUUUUUGAGUGUGUGUGUGUGUGUGUGUGUGUGGGUUUUGGUGUUUUGUUAAAUAAUUUGAGUCCAAUCCAACGAGUUCAGUCGUUGGUUAUAGAAGUAGUAAUUGGUGGCAAUUCUUUGAAUAAAAGUAAAGACGUGUUUUCAACUGGA